AUGAAGACCCAGAAGGAUGGCUGUUCCCUGCGGGGGUGGGCAGUCCUGCUGCUGCUGCUAGUCUGGGUGGCGCCGGCCUCCCUUGAGGAUGUGUACCGCUACCAUGAGGCUGUGCUGCGGCUUGUGGAUGGCCUCAACCAGAGGUCCUCGGAAGCCAAUCUUUAUGGCCUCCUGGAGCGGGAGCGGGAGCCAGACCUCGAUGGAGAUUAUAAUCCUCACCUCCCAAAGCAUGUGGGUUUCACGGUGCAGGAGACAGUGUGCUCCAAGAAGUCAGGGAAGUCUGUUGAGACCUGUGACUUCAAGGAGAAUGGGAAGAGGAAGUACUGUUCAGGGACCAUCGGUCUGGAGGAGCCCCUAGACUUCUUGGAUGACCUCAUCUGUGAGUGGAAUUAAGGUGCCAAGUGCUUUGCCGCCUGCCUAAUUCUGACCGGAGAUCCCAGAGAAGAUUGGCAAACCUACCGAGUACAUUCUGGAGCGACCGGAGAACAGUGCCACCGUCUUCAUCCCUGGUGGUAUGCGCCUUAAGGUCCUCGCACAGGCCGGCAGAUUCGGAAAAUAAACUCCGUGAAAGCAACUUC